AUUAUACCAGUUUAAAAAUAACCGCUUUAAUUAUUCCAAUUCCAGGUCUAGAAAUUGUGCCAUGGUAUCUUAUACCAAUAGGGUGCUUGCAUAAUUCCAUAACUCCUAUUUGCCAUAUGAAAAACAACAAGAUAGUGGCAAUAUCUUUGCUUUAAUAGGAAUAAAAAUAUGUUCUGAAAAUCAUGCAAAAAAUGUAAUUUCCAAUAAAACAAUUUUAAGAAAGAAAAAAGUUGCACAAACUUUGAUUGAAUUCAAACAUAUUUGCUUUUAAAGUAACGUUUUUAUGUCAAAAUGCCCCUCUAAAUGUGAUUUAUAAGCAAGUUUGAAAGUUGUAACCAAGGGACAUAGCUCUAUUAAUUAGACAUUAAUUAACCUAUCCAGACCAUAAUCAACUCUAGAUGGCUAGCCUGCGAUCUUUAAAGGAUUAUGAGCCGAUUUACUGCAUAACUUUCCUUCACGAUUUAACGAUUAAAUGGAUAAUCAAGACUAUGCUGUUUAUCGUACUGACUUUAGUAAUGAUGAUCGAGGCUAGGUGGAAAUUUCAGUCGCUUAGUUAUCGGUUCAUAGUGGAUCAAUUUAAAUGAAUUUUUCCGCAAAUUGCCAUUACAUUAUCUAGUUUUUAACUAUUAUAGUGAGAACUGCCAACUCGUUAUUGAAUCUUUUAACAUUCCAGUCAACUUCAUUUUGAGCGACAUUAAGGCUGUUUAGAAAAUACAGGAAUCUCGAUUGACAUUGAUAUCAUUUUUACAAUAGUAAACAAAUUAUUGAUUUUACUAUUCUUAAUUAAAUUAUUAACUGCCAAUCAUGUCUAAAUCUGUUGAAAAUAAAGAGUAUCUGAUGUAAUAGAGAGUUGGUUAUUGGCAAGUUAAUAAAUGUCUAAUUAAUAAAAGAUAUAACAUUUAAGGCCUAAAGAAAGACCUGCAAUAGGCAGAUUUUAUAAUAGUAGUAGAUGAUUUCAUAUGUUGGGGGUUUAUAAGCUGCAGUGACGAUUAUGAUUUAGAAUUUCUCUUCAGCAUCAUUCUUAUCAAAUACAUUACAGAUUCUGUUUAACAUUUAUAUUAAUAAUUUAAAUUAUAAAAUAUAAUGUACACUCACACAAACAAUAAUGGUCCGUAAUCUUCAGAUAUGAGUUACUCGGGUAGGAGACGGUCCACAUCAUAUUUUAUACUUUCCUAAUGCUUAUAAAAUGGCGGAUUUCUGAUUGCAGCUGACAAGACGUAUUUAUUUAUUUGGUAUACGUUACCGAUAUAUAACUUCAUUGUAGAUGAUUAAUAUCUAUUAUUUGAUGUUCAAUUAAAGACGAAGAAGCUUAAUAGAUAAUUUACGCGUAGACUAGUCACCGGAAUUCACUUAUAAACAUCGGAAUUCAUUGGGUGAUUUUGUAACUUCCCAGAAGCUGAUAUCUUUUGACAAGUUUCUAACAUUUGAGGUUGGUUUGAGGAAAUGGUCGCUUGUUUCGCAAACCAGUUAAUUUUAUGUGUUUAAUGGACGCUUGUCUAGCAGACAAGGUUCAGUAUUGGUCCUCUAGUAGUGAUGUAAAGGAUGAACCUGAUGUCUGCGAGCUAACAACUCAAGAGAUUUGAUGGGAAUUUAUAGCUGGAUUUCUUACUGCUAAAGGGAGAAGAUUAAAAAAUGUCAAAGCAUUCUGUCUCCAAUAGAAACUAUAAAUGUGAUAUUUGUGGUAAAUCAUUUAGAGGCCUGGCUGAUUUAAGUAGACACUUGAUGAUUCAUACUGGUGAGAAGCCAUAUAAAUGUGAUGUUUGUAAAAAAUCAUUUAUCACUAGUAAUAAUCUACAACAACACACAAGAACCCAUACCGGUGACAAACCCUUUUGUUGUUAUGUGUGCUGUAAAUCAUUUAUCACUAGUAGUAUUCUACAGCAACACACCAGAAUUCAUACUGGUGAAAAACCCUUUUCUUGUUAUGUGUGCUGUAAAUCAUUUACCACUAGUAGUAAUCUACAGCAACACACCAGAACCCAUACCGGUGACAAACCCUUUUGUUGUGAUGUUUGUAAAAAAUCAUUUACCACUAGUAGUCAUCUACAGCAACACACCAGAACCCAUACUGGUGAAAAACCCUUUUCUUGUGAUGUUUGUAGUAAAUCAUUUACCACUAGUAGUCAUCUACAGCGACACACCAGAAUUCAUACUGGUGAAAAACCUUUUUCGUGUGAUGUUUGUGAUAAAUCAUUUACCACUAGCAGUAAUCUACAACACCACAUCAGAAUUCAUACUGGUGAAAAACCCUUUUCUUGUGAUGUUUGUAAUAAAUCAUUUAUCACUAGCGGUAAUCUUCAACAACACAUCAGAAUCCAUACAGGAGAAAAACCCUUUUCUUGUGACGCUUGUAAAAAAUCAUUUACCACUAGUCGUGAUCUACAGCGACACACCAGAAUUCAUACUGGUGUUAAACCUUUUUUUUGUGAUAUUUGCAGCAAAUCAUUUUCCAACAGUAGUCUUCUACGACAACACAUCAGAAUUCAUACUGGUGAUAAACCCUUUUCAUGUGAUGUUUGUAAUAAAUCAUUUACACGAAAUAGCAAUCUACAACAACACACAAAAACACAUACUGGUAAAACAAACGUUUUCUUGUGAUGUUUGUAGGAAAUCAUUUACCACUAGAAGUUAUCUACAUAUACACACUAGAAUUCAUACUGGAAGAAAACCCUUUUCUUGUGAUGUUUGUAGGAAAUCAUUUACCACUAGUAGUAAUCUACUUAUACACACUAGAAUUCAUACUGGAGGAAAACCCUUUUCUUGUGAUGUUUGUGACAAAUUAUUUAAAAGCAAAAGUAGUCUAAAUAAACAUAUAAGAAUUCAUACAAGAGAUUGAGAUACUGGUGAAAAAAACUUUUACAUCUUGUAGUCAUCUACAGCAACAUAAAAACUGUUGAUGAAAUGGUGUUUAACGUCCUACUAUUCUGCACCGACUGGGAUAAUGAUGAUCAACAUGAAAUAAUGUACUAUAUAACAUUAGAGAGGAAAACUAUUUUCUUUUGAUAGUUGUUAUAAAUGAUUUACAGCCAACAUAAAUUUUUAUAAACAGGUGAAAAUUCUUCAGAAUAUUAAGAAAGUUAUUUAUUUACACAUCCAAAGUAUUGUAAGUUUUUGUUGUCUAGGGUUAUUUCCAUAAAAUAGAUUUAGAUAUGAAUUAUUUUAGCACCAAUAACAAUUAAAUUUAUCUUCAAAUAUGGUUCUUCAAUUGAACAAGAAAAAUAAAAU